AUGGGUCCACACAACUCAAUAGCGCAAACCGACUCAGCCAUACUCGACGUGGACCUACUUAGCAAGAAAUCUUUUAAUUGCGACCAAUGCUCUAAGAGCUUUACGACUCCCAGUAACCUCAAAAGGCACAAACGGAUCCAUAAUGGCAAGAAAUCUUACAAGUGCCAGAUGUGCCCCAAGAGCUUCGCGCGUUCCUGUCAUCUCAAAAUACACAAACGGAUCCACACUGGCGAGAAACCUUGCAAGUGCCAGAUGUGCCCCAAGAGCUUCGCAGAUCCCUCUGCUCUCAGAAAGCACGAACGGGCCCACACUGGCGAGGAAGAGCUGAACGGAGCCGAUCCAGGAGAUAGCCAAGGCAGACUAGAGUGCCAGAUGUGCGGCAACAGCUUCGCGGAUCACUAUGCUCUCAGAUUUCACAAACGGACCCACAAUGGCGAGAAACCUCACAAGUGCCAGAAGUGCUCCAAGAGCUUCGCGCAUCCCUCUACUCUCAGUAGGCACGAACUGACCCACAGUGGCAAGAAACCUUACAAGUGCCAGAUGUGCCCCAAGAGCUU